AGGGUUAUAUGUUGUAUGAUUAUGUCUUACCUGAUAGGGACCACACCUAAAUACACCUUCGAAACUCCCAUCGGUACAGAAUGUCUGACCUAUAAAGAGCAGAGUGCCCCAUAGAGUAUACGAGGCAGUACGUAGAUUCGACGGGGUGCAGGUGCGUACCAAGAAGAAGAGAAAGAAGAAGAGGAAGAAGAAGAAGAGGAGGAGAAGGCGUGGUGAGCGUGGGGCCCCGGGGGUCCUCCGCGCCGUUCGAGGGGGCCCGAACCUGGGAACGGGCUCCAAGACAAGCGUCCACAGCUCUGUGAACGUCUAGAGUACCUUAGUCCGGGUCCGACCGCCUUCACCUCGGCAGUUACUCGCGAACGCUCUUACGCGCACGUAACGCCACCUUUACGGAAUCUCACUUCCUCAGAGAAGUGGGCUCAGGUCGGCAAAGAAUACUUCUCGUGUAAGGGACGGUGGCGAUCUCGGGCCCGAAGUCCCCGAUCGGACCGACCUCGCCACGUCGAAUGCACGGGUCCCCAAGACGAAAAACUCGCGAAAACUCUCGCCGGGAGCCGCACCUCUGAAUUCCACGGCAGGAGACCAACACACCGGACAGCCUGAAUUCCAGAAGACACGUACAAGUUCCUUACACGCAUACACCGGUGAACAGACCACAUAACCUGGGUACAUAGAGAGCCAGUAGCCAGUGAGUGUAGACAGACCGUACACAGAGAGACCCUGAGACGUAGUGGGGUAAAAGGUGAUAUACCUGUGAGAAUAGUGGGGGAUACUGUAAAGUCGCGUGGUGGGGAUUGAAGUGAUUAAAGUGGGGAUACUCCUUUGGGAAUAUCAUAAGGUUAGGGUGGGGGAAAAUGCCCAGAAAGACGGCGGCCAUAAUGGCUUUAGAAGAUCUCCGCUAGGCGGCUACAGCUGCUGCGAAAUCGAGUUCCGUGCUGUCGAGCAUCGCCGCGACUUUCGCAAUAGGUUUUUGCCGUCGCGCGAACGCUACGUUUAAGUGUAAUAUACAGCUGCGCGAAACUCGCCUUUACGAACUGUCGUGUUCUUCGGUGCGUUUUAGGUAAUAACUCGAUGAGGAUUCUAUUGAGGGUGGAGUGCCAGAAAACACGCGAGAGAGUGUCUCGCUGUCUAAUUGAGACAGGAGCGUGAGUGCUGUUUUAUAUUGGAAUAGUGAAUUGGAAAAUCAUGAGAGGUGCAGCACAAGACACGGCAACGCCGUACUGCAGAUGCAGGGUGCUGUAUCUUGGCAGUUCGGUGCCACAUGCGAGCAAGGAAGGUCUUCUAGGAGUGCAGGAGCCACUGAGGGAACUUUAUCCGGAACAGGGUGCCUUAGGGGCACGGGGGAUCGACUCCUGGUUGAGCGUAUGGUCAAAUGGAUUACUUUUGGAGAACGUGGACGAGCACAGGAAGAAAGUCACAAGGUUCUUCCCCAUAGACGCACUUCAUUAUUGUGCUGCCGUGCGACACGUGAAAGGUGGCAGUAGCGGCGAUGCAGGUAGCACAAGAUUUCUACCCUUGGAUUCACCAUUUGCACGGACCCCAAGUGCAAAUCAUCCGCCCCUGUUUGCCGCUGUGCUGCGUAGAACAACGGGAAUCAAGGUGCUCGAGUGUCACGCUUUUAUCUGCAAGCGUGACAUGGCCGCUAAUGCCCUGGUCAGAUGUUGCUUUCAUGCUUACGCCGAUAGCAGCUAUGCCAAGGGUCUAGAUCCUACGAGUACGAAUACGAAUGGCAUGAGCACAUCCCAGCCAUCUUCUGGUAGCCUAUACCAUACCUUGGGUGGGUCUAGUACGACCUUGGAUAAUCCAGGACCCCGAUUGGACACUUCUGCGGAUGAUCUUAGUCUUUACAACGGUGAUGAGAAUCAUAAAGUCUGGGCUAGAGGUAGGGACGAGGUUGACGGUAUCUAUCAGGAACAGGGUACUCUCCGUAGCACCAAAGGAUCCAGACCUCGGCAAUUGGUAGCUCCACCACCACCCCCGCCGCCACCACCACCUCCAGUACAACCACUUCUAGAAGAAUCAACGUCCAGAAGAAAAGCUAAUAAAAAACCGAAAAAACGUAGAGGUCACGAAGAAGCAAUGCAUCAGAUGCACCCUCAGGCUGUUUACACUAAUGGCCAUGGACAUCACACUCUAGGUCAUCCGGUCAGACAGCAUUAUCAUCCGCAUCAAUUACCGCCCAGCAGUCGUUCCGUAGCAGGUACACUCGCCAGACCAGCACCGGUUCUGCUGGUACCUGCCGCGACUUUACCUAGGAAGGCUCAUCAUCAUCCUCAUGCUAGGGGCAUGAGGCCUAUACCGGCUGCUGCCCCUAUCGUUCCGAUUUACGCACCACUUCCUGUACCACCCCCUACAGCCAUGUACCCUCCAGCAGCGGCAGCAGCAACUUAUGGCACUACUGGAAAUCGGGGUAGACGCCAUGCACCCGAACAGGACUCAUCCACCUUGGGAGCAUCCAGGAGACUCACAGCCUCUCACGCAGACCUCACCGCACCAGAACCGACAGUUCCAGAUAGUCCUGAGAACGAGUCACGAUUUGGUACAGGAAUAUAUCGUCGUAAGGGUCACCUUAACGAAAGGGCCUUCUCCUACAGUAUCCGGGCUGAGCAUCGCAGUCGCAGCCACGGGAGCUUAGCAUCUCUUGGCUUCAGUGCUCAGAACGGUUCAGCAUUGCCUAAGGAAGACAAGAAGGAUCGUGAGAUUGCGCAACUGGUGGCUGGACUCAACCUAGACGAGGGACAACCGUCAGCUGGACCUUAUUCGAGGGGCGUACACCAUCAGCAACAACCUCAACCGCUACCCAGGCCCCGGCCGCGUUAAGAUUUUGCGUAAUCAGAUGCGAAACGAGAGUGAACCGUUCGACAGGAAAAAAAUGAUAUAUGAUUUCUAAUUAUUAAUUGGCUGCUCUUAGGCUAAUUAACAAUUGUGCGCAGAGCAGCCUUUAAUGAUAUGAGAAUUUGGAGACUGUGUCCUUGGGAAUCGGAGGGAUUUGGGUCAGUACGCCCACCACGAAAUUUCUCUGAAAAUGAUGACUCUCGCGUUACGUGUAUUUCAUUUAUGCUUUAUUAACAACGUUGAAUAUACAUCAGGAUUAUAGAUAUUGUAUAAGCACACACACGGCACAAAAUAACUAUCACUCGUAUAAUGUCUUCCUACGAGUACUGGUGUAUGACUAUGAAAUUAGUGUCACAUAACACUAGUUCUAUCAUCACGCCAGGGCCGUAACAAUAUCGAAUUCAUAAGUCGUAUUACAAUAUCGAGACCUAUUCUUAUAUGAGUCAGGGAUUCGUUUCAUUGUUACACCCAAAAUUAAGUCAAUACGAAAAAAUUUAGAGAGACGUUCGUUACGGGAAUGCGUCUUCCUGUUCGCUUAUAUCCCGUAGUUGUUUGUUAGACAAAAAAGUAUGCGAAACAAAGAACACUGCGUAUUAUAUAUUGUAGUCACUUUUUUUUAUUAAUGAUGGUGACUAUAAAGCGAUAAAUUCUAUUCAGCAAAGACAACAAUUAAAUAAUUGAAUUUUAUGCCGACCAUUAACGCGAGUCAAGUCACAGCUGAUCAUCCUUCGACCAUAUUCGUUGUUGACUUGUAAGAAGAUGCGUCGAUUAAAUGAUGGCAUCGCGCGUUUUACACCUACUAACUUUGUUUUGCCAACCGUUAAUAUAUUUGAAUUUGAUUGCGGCAAAAGGAUGCGCUUCUGUCAUUUAUUAGUCACUUGAUUAUUUGCGCGGAGUUUUGCGCGUCAAGGUUUUUUCGUAACGUAAUCGUGUAUUUUUUUUUUCGUAGCUUCUUCCACCUCCCAUCUUCCUCGAUCAUAUCAUUAGCAUUCGACAUUCGCGAGACGCUUGAGUCAUUCUCCUCGCGUUUACCCGCAUCGCAGUUUGCGGAUACUGCAUGCAUUUACGUCAGUUUCCAUUGGCGAUAGGCAGUCUCCCCGUUUUCAAUUUUCUCCAUUGCUAUGCGAGGGUAAUUGUUUAAUCUUUUUAUUCAUUUUUUCUAUCGCAAUUUUACCAAACGGUAAAUUAUUAUCGACAACAUCCGGUUGUACUCUCGUUCCACGAGCAAUUAGGAAUAUUACUUUUUGUACGCUUUAAUACACUGUCCACAUCCGGUAGAAAUGUAAAAUUUCGUAUAUUGCGAUUUUAACGAAAAAUUCAAAAAUGCUAGGACUCUUCUAAUGAAUAUAGUGCGAAAUUUCCAGAGUUACGUGGAAAUUCAAAAAGUAUAGUUCUGAAUAAAAAGUGACGCUAAGAAAAGAUUAUUAUUAAUCAGAAAUUAAUUAAAGACCCAGCGACGUGGUGCUAUUUCUAUCUUCAUUUUUUUUUUCUUAUCAAAUUUCAACGGUGCCUGUUAGCUGACAUAAAAUCGUCGAUGAAAUCUUUGUUAUCUUUUUAAAAAAAAAAGAAAGAUUUUUGAAAAGUGAAAAAGAUACCUCGCGCAAUCCUGUGCCAAAUUCAAACUAUCUUUCGAACGUCGAAUGGGUCAGAAAAGACGAUCGUUCUUCUUUUACUAUUAAUUAUAUAAAUAUAAACAAUUUCAUAUAAAUUAAACAAACCUCUCCUGACGUAACAAGCAUACCUGCGAAUAUACGUCACUGGUAAUUCGACGGAUUCCCAUUGGCCGUUUCUUUUUUAUAAUAAGACUAUUAUUCCCUAUGCAUCGAUCUAGGGAAUAAUAUUGAAUGAAAAAACGUAUGCAUCCGCCAAACUAGAAAAACUUUCAUUCACCAAAUAACAAUUUCGCAUAUUUUCACGGCGAUUAAAGUAACCUUACCUAAAGACAGUAAGAAAGGAACCUUUCCUACGUAUCCCAAUACACGUGUGUAAUAAAUCUGUAUAAAACGAAGUCGAAAUGUUAUACAUGCUAUAUGUCUACCAGGUAUAUAUACAUAUACAUAUAUUUUAUAUAACAUAACCAUACAAAACGUAUUUACCAAAUAAACGAGUCACGAUCGCUCAACGUCAUUCCUGGUUUAAUUGCCAAGAAUGACAGUUGCUAAAACUAGAAAAAGGCAAUGGAAUCAUAUAUACAUUUGUUUUUGAACGUCAAUAUUUCUCUAACUUAUGAACAGUGCGUAGGAGCGCGCACAAGAAAUCCUUAACACACGGAACUAAACAUGCGUCUACGUAUUAUUUAUACUUUACCCCACGUAUUACCCCAUUGCAUAAAGCUAUCGAGAUAGAUAUUACAUCCCGUCAAAGGAUACUCCUUUCGUUUCGAUACUUUUGUAAUCCAACGGUGAGGAGAUAUCCAACUUUCUUUUUUUUUUUCCCCUUUUAAUUUAUCCACUUCAUUCUAGAUAAUGUCUUUGUGAAUAAAAAAACGAUCCUUCUCGCGUUGCCAAGGAUCGACCUUACGUAAACCGUAUAGAGAUGCCAUAAUUUUUCAUGCGCGAAAAAUACAUGUUUUUCGAGAGAAAUAAAAACUAAAAAAAAAAAAUAAGAAUUUCACUGUAUCCAAAACGUAAGGUCGAUCUCUCGCAAUCCUUAUCCACCGAAUAAGGAACCGUCUGUAGGAUAUACUUAUAUUGAUAAAUAUACAUACUUGUAUGCUGAAUUAAUAUAGAAUUGCAUUUAUGACGUCACUGGUGUCUUCCAGAAUUACGUAAAGCACUUUUAUGUAUGUAAUUAUAGUUGACCUAAGCGCGAGCGUAAUCCACCCGGUUGUAAUAUCGAAUUCACCUUAUAUGCCGAGGUCACGUGUUUACUCGAUGUAUACGUAAGUACAUAUGUGUCUACGCGUUAUAGUACUGUACGUCAUAAUGUAGGUGCGUUAUGUCAUGCGUCUAUUAUGUACAGAAAAACGAGCACCGAUAUAUAGGAAUGUGCCAUCCAGUAUGCGAGGAAGAUAUAUAAAUACAUAUUUAUGUAUUAUACAUAAUGAGAAAGAGAACGAAAGGACGAAGAAAGCAAAGAUAAAAGAAAAUGAACAGUAUAAGAAUAACAGAGAGAAAAUAUGUAUGUGAAUAUAUAAUACAAGAAAGGCAGGUAAUAAAGUUGCAUUAUGUGUAUGAAAUAUUAA